UAAUUUCAUAAUUGAUUUAAGAUGAAUAAUGGUGGCAUAAGUAAAUAACAAAAGUAAAUAAACAAAUCAGGCAAAUGGAGGCCUACUUGAAUUUUCAACGAAUUUAAAAACUAGCUCAAUAUCUCUAUAAUUUUCUAUGUAUUAAUUAUUUUAUCAUGAAUAUAUCUUAAAUUUUUUGAAUACUGAAUAUUGUUCUGAAAUUCAAAAUGGGGGACAGGGAACAAAGAGCAGAGCAAAAUAAAUCUGGAAUAAAAACUAUGCAACUAAAUGACCAGAAAGCUGGUAUGCAAGGUUUGGAUAAGGAAAUGAUUAAUAAGAUUAUAUAUGAAGCAUCGAAGGGAACACCCUAUUUUACUUUUCAAGAAAAAAGACAAAAAUCAAUUGAUUCUAAGGUGACUGAAAUGAAUUUAACUUUGGAAAGAGCCACUGCUCAAGAAAGAAAGACUUCGCUUCAAAAGAUGACCAAACUUGCCUCAAUGUUUGAAAUUGAGAGAGACCUCUCACAUUCUAUUGUUCAUAUUGACAUGGAUGCAUUCUAUGCUGCUGUUGAAAUGGAAGACGAUCCAUCUCUAAGAGAAAAACCUAUGGCAGUUGGUACUUCCUCUAUGUUGUCUACAUCAAAUUACCUGGCAAGAAAAUUUGGAGUUCGGGCUGCUAUGCCAGGCUUUAUUGCUAAAAAACUUUGCCCUAAGCUCAUCAUUGUACCAUGCAACUUUGAAAAGUACCGAAAAGUGAGCAAAAUGGUCAGAAAUGUAAUUAAAAACUAUGACCCAGACUAUAGCUCUUCUGGUUUAGAUGAAUUUUACCUGGAUUUAACUGAAUAUAUUAAACUUGAGCAUAAAAGGCAACAACAUAAGAACUUUUGCAUCACAAAUAGUCAGUGCAGCUCUGUCUCUAAAGAAGAAGAUAAUGGUGAUGAAGAAACUGAUUCGUAUAAAGAAUGCUUGACUUGUUCUCAGUCGAUGAAUGUUCAAGAACGAGACCAGCAAUCUUACGAUAUUGUGAAUGAGAUAAGGAGGAAAAUUCAAGAAGCUACAAAUUUAACUGCUAGUGCUGGAAUUGCCCCUAACACAAUGCUUGCAAAAGUAUGUUCGGAUCAGAAUAAACCAAACGGGCAGUAUCAAAUACCAUCUACACUUGAAGCUGUGCAAAGUUUUAUAUCUACAUUACCAGUCAAAAAGGUUUCCGGCAUUGGACCAGUUCAAGGACAAAUUUUGAAUGCUUUAGGUAUUUUUACCUGCGUUGAUUUGUGGACUAAUCGUGACAUUGUAGGCUUAUUAUUUUCUCCCUCUACAAUUGAUUUUUAUAUAAGAGUUGCUAUUGGUCUUGGGAGCACCACUGUGAAAAGUGAUUAUGUAAGGAAGAGUAUUGGGACAGAGCAUACAUUUAGAGAGAUGAGUCAUCGUGACGAAUUACUUGAAAAAUGCCAAGAAAUAUGUGAAGAAGUGGUUGAAGAUAUGGUUCAUCGUAAUAUGUUGGGAAAAGUCAUAGUUUUGAAGUAUAAAACGACUAAUUUUGUUUCCCACACAAGGAAUCAUUCGCUCUCUUUUUACACUUCUGAUAAGGAUAUUAUAAUGAAAGCUGCCAAAAAGCUACUUGAUGCAGAAAUUGCUUCAGUUGCACCUAAACCAUUACAGUUAAGACUCAUGGGCAUAAGAAUAGCUAAUUUGAUAUUUGAAGGUGAGUUACCAAGUACUGAAAAACAUUUAGUGAAAAUAAAAGAAUUUUUGAAGCCUUGUUGUUCAACUAGUGCUGAUACUGAAAUAGACUCUGAAAUCACAGAAACUGAAUCCCUUGGGAAUUCUUCAAUUUUUGUGAACAAUAAAUUGAACCCUCCUGUUGAAUUAAACAGUGAGCAACAAAAAACACACUCUGACGAUUCUAUAAAUAACAACUGCCCUAGUCCUCCAAUAGAGAAAGCAGUGGACUUAAGUCCUCAAAAAGCUACAUACACAUGUCCUAUUUGCAAUUUGAAUCAAAAUGUUAAAGAUUUAACUGAAUUGAAUACACACAUAGAUAACUGUUUGAACAAAGUUGAAAUCAGAAAGAUUCUUGCUGAGGAACAAGUUUCUGACAGAAAAAGGAAGUUGCAGCACAAUGAUAAACACUGCAAGAAACCAAAAACUUCUCAAAAAACUUCAAGAAGAAUAGAUGAAUAUUUUCAUUAAAAUAUUAAACUAAAAAAUGUAUUUUUCUAUACUUCCAAAAAAAAAAUAAAUCUGAAUGUAUUAAAAGUUUUUAUCACACAUUAAAAACUGAACUUAUCAAUUUACAAAAGAAGACUAAGACAAAAAAUUUUGUAAGGAAACCGUUUCUUAUAGCCAAAACAAAAAAGUUCUUUAAAAUUUUGGCACUUAAUAUAAUGGUAUUAAUAUAUAAGCGUAAUAAUGGUUGUAUAAUUGCUUUUUACCAGUAUGUGCAUUUAAACUUUUAGUCUGUUUAAAUCCAAAUUCAAUGAGUUUCUUUGAUGAGUAUUUAGAAUAGUUAUCGAGUUUGUAGU